AUGGCGUCUUCCUCGACGGAAGACACAAAAAAGCCACCGCUGUCCACCACUGACGACGUCCAAAAUGACGUCGAGAAGAAUCGAGGCGAUGCCUCAUCAGACGACCCCUACAGCAUCCUCUCCGAACGGAAGAAAGUCUGUCUGAUGAUCACCGCUUCGUUCGCGGGCCUGAUCUCUCCCCUGUCGAGCACGGUCUACUUCCCAGCCCUAACCUCUCUGGCCGAUGCGAUGCACGUCUCCUCCACGCGCAUCAACCUCACCGUCAUGAUGUACCUCAUCUUCCAAGGCAUCGCCCCCUCGUUCAUCGGCUCCUUCUCCGACACCCACGGCCGCCGCCCCGCCUACCUGGUCAGCUUUGUGAUCUACCUCGGGGCCAACAUCGGUUUAGCGCUGCAAACCCACUACGCCGCCCUGAUGGUCCUCCGCUGCCUGCAAGCGUGCGGCAGCAGCGGCACCAUCGCACUGGGCAGCGCCGUCGUGGCCGACGUCUCCACGCGGGCCGAACGGGGCAAAUACAUCGGCUACGCCAGCAUGGGGCUGACCCUGGGUCCGGCCCUGGGACCGGUGAUCGGGGGCCUGAUCGACCAUUUCUGCGGCUGGCGCUGGAUCUUCUGGUUUUUGACGAUUCUGUCUGGUGUGUUCCUGGCAGCCAUCGCCCUGUUUCUGCCCGAGACGUGCCGCGCAGUCGUCGGCAACGGCUCGAUUCCCGCCGCGCGAUGGAACCGUCCCGUCUUCAGCGCGCUGGCACCGACCACCACCACCACCAAAUCCACAUCCAAAACAACAACCUCCACAACCUCGAUCACCACCCCCAUCCUAACACGAACCACCCCCAAGCCCCAACGCCUCAACCCCCUCCGCUCCGCCCGCCUCGUCCUCGACAAAGAAAACGCCCUGAUCCUCACCUACGGCGCCCUGCUCUACGCCGGGAUGGCCGCCGUGCUAACCACACUGACCACAACCCUCGCCACCCACUACGACUUCAACACGAUCCAAAUCGGGCUGUGCUACCUGCCGAUGGGGCUGGGCAGCCUCACCUCGCGGUACACCGUGGGGUUCCUGCUGGACCGGACGUUCCGGCGGCACGCGCACGCGCAGCAGCUGCGCAUCAUCAGGAACACGCAGCAGGACAUUAGUGCCUUCGACAUCGAGCGCGCGCGCCUGACCGUCGCGAUCCCGCUCGCCUACGCCGCGGCGCUCGUCUUCGUCGCCUACGGCUGGGUCAUGCAGGCCCGCGUCUCGCUGGCGGGGCCUGUGCUCACCCUCUUCGUCGGCAGUCAUCUCCUGACCGGGGCGUUUACCGCCCUGAGCACCCUCAUCGUCGAUCUGAACAGGGGUAGUCCCGCGACGGCUGUGGCGGCGAAUAAUCUCGUCCGGUGUUUGUUGGGUGCUGGGGCCACGGCCGGGGCGGCGCCGGUGAUUGAGAGGAUUGGCAUCGGGUGGAUGGCGGUGGUGAUGGCGGUGGUGUGGGUGGUGGCUAGUCCGUGUUUGUGGGGGGUGUAUUUGUGGGGGUUUGGGUGGAGGAGAGCGAGAUCGGGGAUGGGGGAGGGGGAGGGAGUAGAGGUAUAG